UCAGAUCUUUCCAUUACAGAGAAUUCACAAUGGCUGGAAUUUCAUCGUUUUCAUAAAAUCCUGGGCAGACUACAAGACCCUCUGGAUUUAGUAUUUCCAUUAUAUUGUAUACUGUAUGGACGGAAUCGCCAUCUCCUCUUAGCAUCCGAGGAACGCGGACGAUGGGGAGACAGACCGAAGCCUGUAGUCAGUUAAGCCAGAGAACCGCGAUUGGCUACUGCAAGAGGAAAAGAGACCAAUCAGAGUUGUGCUGCCAUUGACCAAUCAUGGUAGAGGCCGGGAUAUUCAAACAAGGUUAAUAGCAUCAUUGCCACUCUCAGCCAAUAGGACGAGGGGACGCUGCCUAUAAAUACCCACCAGUUCGGCCACCGAAUUCAUACAUCCGAACUUUUGGAGAGUGAAGUCGUGUUGUUUGAAGGAUGGCCAGGACCAAGCAGACGGCUCGGAAGUCCACUGGUGGUAAAGCGCCACGGAAGCAACUCGCUACUAAGGCAGCUCGCAAAAGCGCACCCGCCACCGGGGGCGUGAAAAAACCUCACCGUUACCGUCCCGGCACCGUGGCUCUCCGGGAGAUCCGGCGCUAUCAGAAGUCCACAGAGCUGUUGAUUCGCAAACUACCUUUCCAGCGCUUGGUGCGUGAGAUUGCUCAGGAUUUCAAGACCGACCUGCGUUUCCAGAGUUCAGCUGUGAUGGCUCUGCAGGAGGCCAGCGAGGCUUACUUGGUGGGGCUUUUUGAAGAUACUAACCUCUGCGCCAUCCAUGCCAAGCGAGUCACCAUCAUGCCCAAAGACAUCCAGCUGGCUCGCCGUAUUCGCGGCGAGCGAGCUUAAGACUUUCACCUCGGAGACUUCGUUAUCACCCCAAAGGCUCUUUUAAGAGCCACCUACUCUUUCAUUUCAAAAGAGCCUGGUCGUUACUAUCUUACGUUAUUUUUUUCGUGUGUUUUCACUCCUGGGAACUGCCUGGACAAGAAGUCCCUGGCGACGUUCAGUGGUUUCCCAUGGUCUCUUCCUAGGGUUGAGACUACAGACGUGACUAAACUUAGUCUCCUUUCUAAACUAGGUCUCACGCUUGUAAAACAGUAAGCCCAUGGGACUGGCAGCAAGGACUAUUGGGGAGCUUUUAAUGUUAAGUCUGUAUUGUGGAGCUUUGCAUGUC